GCCCGGCGGGCGGGAAGGCGGAAGGACUUUGGACCGUGAGCUCCUGGUUCUCACCCACGAGAUUCCGCAGCCCCCUGAUCCCGCACUCCCGGGAUUGCAGUAUGGAGGCCGGGCUGCUGUGGUUCUGCAACUGGAGCACGCUGGGCGUUUGCGCCGCACUCAAGCUGCCGCAGAUCUACGCGCAGUUGGCGGCGCGCAGUGCGCGGGGCAUCAGCCUCCCCAGUUUACUUUUGGAGUUGGCUGGGUUCCUGGUCUUCUUUCGCUACCAAUGUUACUAUGGGAACCCGUUGCUCACCUACCUGGAAUACCCCAUUCUCAUCGCACAAGACAUCAUCCUCCUGCUCUUCGUCUUCCACUUCAAUGGGAACGUGAAGCAGGCCUUGCCCUACAUGGCCGUAUUUGUGUCAUCCUGGUUCAUCCUCAGCCUGCAGAAAUGGAUUAUCGACCUGGCCAUGAACUUAAGCACGGUCAUCAGUGCAGCCAGUAAGUUUGCCCAGCUCCAGUAUCUGUGGAAGGUGCAGGACUCGGAAGCCGUGAGUGCACUGUCCUGGGGCCUCUCUGCCUACACCUGUGCAACACGAAUAAUAACAACUUUAAUGACCACCAAUGAUUUCACAAUCCUGAAAGGCAGACACGGUCUUCAGAUGAGUUUAUUCACAGAAUACCCAACCUGAGACCAGAGGACGGCCAGUGCUUACCAAGGAAGUACCUUCUAGAAGACGCCCACCACUCACUAUUUUCAGACAGAAAGGCACCCUGUGUCCUCUACCCUCCACACCUGGAACCAGAUAUGUGAGUCUGCAAGCCCACAGUGACUCAGGGGCAGAAGCGUUCCUCUAUGAUGACAUCACCCCACCUUCUAUCAGCACCCUUUAGAGAGACACAUUAAGAAGCUGCAGCACUGCACAACUACUGCACAGGAAAAGAUGCUUACAUUUAGGUUCUUUUAUUUAUUUUUCUUAAACAAAAAGCAGGCAUAAAAAUACAAUUACAUUACUACAAAGAUGCAACAAAAUAAAAAUAAAUCAAGAGGG